AUGUUUUGCUGCGCGUUUCUGGUUUUGUUCCUGGCUCUUGGAAAUGGUAUGUUUACACAAAAUAGUGCUUUGUAUCACCGUUGGCUAACGUAGUGAUCCACAAAAGAGGAAACUUUAGGUGCUCUGUCACUUCAGGCCUAUCCUAAACCAGAUAAUGUUAGCUUGUUAGCUAUUUCUUUGCUACGCCAGUAACGUUCGCUAGCUAACAAACGUGAACUAUAUAUUAGUUAAACGUUGGCUCCAAAAAUAAAUUGAUAUGGAGGCUAUCAAGGCCUCCAUAAUCUCAGACUUGAAGUUUAAGGCACUGUUGAUCUGUCAUGCUUAGUUAGUUAGCUAGGUAACACGCCUGUGUUAGUUAGCUGUUGCUUUGCAUUUGAUCUGUUUUGUCUUGACAGCUCAUGUUGCAGAUAGGACUUCUUCCUGGGUGGACAGGGAACAUAACGAGUUUUUCGCUGUCUCUAGCUAUAACCCCAAAUUAUGUUUUGACAUUUUAUUUGGCUUUAUAGCGUCGUUAUUGUGUCUACCAAACCUCAACUUGUCAACAAUCCACCAGUUUCAUUCACCCUAUUCAUUUGGAACAGAAUAUGACUCGUCUUGGCUCAGAACACCUAAUGUUAGCUAGCUAGUUACUAAUCUACUAACGGUAGUCACACUUUGUUACAUGACAUUUGCGUAGCUAUCAAUAUGCAACCAGCUACUGUUGCAAAUCCAGUUCAAUCCAAAAUCUAAGCUAAAAUGAAAUUAAGGAUUCUCACCUCAGUUGUAUCUUAUUUAGCUAGCUACCUAGCAAGCUAGUUGAUCAGGAAGUUGUCUCAUGACCUAGCUACAGAUUGUACGCCAGAUAAUGUGAUAUAACCAAAGAUUGUUGGUGUCCAGUACAGGAAAGCCCCAUACAGACUAACCUGCUUUCCUGUAAAGCCAAGUAAUGAGUAAUGGACACCAAAAAUCGUUGGUUAUAUUUAUAACAUUAGCUCGCGUACAAUCUGUAGCAACUCAUGACCAAGCAUAUCUUGAUUGCACUUUGCCAAUCGUGUUUAAUUGUAAAACGGCUGCUGUGAAAUGUUAAACCGUGGAUCAUCAACUAAAUUCAGCCGCGGGCCAAUUUUUUCUUGAGCGGAUCGUUGGGGGGCAGGAACAUAAUACAACAAUAAAUACGUUUAGACUACUAAUUGACCGGAAGAAGGCUAAACAGAUAAUAUUUGACUAAAAUAUAAUCAUUUCAAACCUUGAUUACAUUUGGGGACAUUGCCCUGCGUAGGGUGCCGUCUUUCUGAUGGGAAGUUAAAACGGGUGUCCAGACUGGUCAUUCAAAAUCCCAUGGCACUUAUUGUAAGAGUAGGGGUGUUCACCCAACUAUCAUGGCUACAUUCCCAACCUGGCCACAUUCCAUCAUGGCCACCUAAUCAUCCCCCUCAUUCCUAAUUGGCAUAUCACUCCUGACCUCUCCACCUGAUAGUUGAUGUGUGGUGAGCGUUCUGGCACAAAAAUGGUCGCCAUGCAUCACUGAGGUGGGUGCUAUGCAUUGAGGAGGUGAGUUUCCCCCUACUAUGUAAAGCGCUUUGAGUACCCCAGGUGGUAGAAAAGUGCUAUAUAAAUCCAAUUAAUUAUUGUUAUUUGUAUAUUAUCAUGUCUCUCUAUUAUGCUUGGGAACAGAUUUCCUAAAUUAAAAUCACUUGGAGUGGAAUUCCUGGUGUUUUUACAGUCUUAAUUUUUUGCUCAGAAAUCUUGGGGGGCCAAAUAAAACCAGUUGGGGUACCCUUUCUUAAAAAAGUGAUUGCUGUAGCAGCUGCUGUCUAUAAACCAAUCCCCUUGUUAUGAUUGAUAGAAGGAAUGUACACAUUGAGCCCAUGGAUAUCUUGCCAGGACUCACUUUUGAUAUUCAAUACAGUCAGAAUCCUAGUUCUAGUUUUGUUUUCAGUAGUAAACAUCUGAUCGUUUUUUCCCCUCAUAUGCAUAAAAUGUUUAUUUCCAUUAGAAUGUUUUCAUUUGGCCUGAGAAAUGGCCCCAGAGUCCUAUGUUGCAAGCUAGGGCCUCUGAUAUCAGGUCACUCCGGGUCAUGCCUAACAGUGACCUACCAGUUAGUCCCAUAUGAGAGUAAUCAGCUGAUGAAUGGUUUAAUCAACAGUUAAAAAAAUAAAAAUACGGUUAGGAAAUCAUUAGCCUAUGGUGUGUUCCCCCACUGUCUGAGUUUUACAGUAAUUUGAUGCCAUUAGGCUACUUGUAUAAGGGAAGUAGAAAAUAAUCAAAACGCAUGUUAGACUAGCCUACCUAUGCUGAUAAGAUGUUUUUUGAUGAAUGUACCUUGAAUUGAUUGAAAAUGUGUUUGUUUACCAGUCUGCCUCAUACGUUAUUAUUAUAAAACCCAAGACUGUUUAUUUCUGUUGCAGAACUCCACCUGUCACAUGCAACUGAGGUGUCCGUCAACAACACAGAGAAUAAAUUAUGCCUCUACGCCAAUUUGAUGGUCAACUUCUCAGUCACCUAUGAAGUUGGUGUAAAUAAGGUGCGUAAUCUGUAUAUUUACUUGUAUUUAAAUGUUUUUAAUUUGCAGGCUAGUACUCCUAAGCCUAUAGAGAACUCUUAAAACAUUCCAGGUAUCGCACUGCUUUAUUAAAGUGUUGAGUCGAGCUUCUUACUGUGAGAAAGAAUGUUUUGAAUGCAAUCACAGAGCGGACAAUACUCACAUCCGGGAUUAGCAGAGAGGAAGAGAGGCCGAAUUUGGCGGAAAAUGUCUCCCUCCAGCAGGUGGCGAUCUUUCGUUGUUUCGCCCACCAAGCAAAGUUUUUUUAUGGAGGUCAAUAAGUAUAGGCCUUAUAAUUUUUUUUAAAAACGUUCUUAUUAUUAUUUUUUUCUCUUUAAAUCCCAUCUGUCGGAUGAUUUAUAGGCCUAGAUAUUUCCCAGGAUAUAAAAUAUUAUUUUGUUCCUUUUUUUUCCUCCUAAUCCAUCAUAAGAACGGACACACUGUUAUGUUAUGUCAACAGUACUAUUUUCUCAUGACGCAAGCAUCUGAAAUAGCCCUGUUCCUGGGAAAGUACUUGACAGGAAUGGAUUCCCCUCUUAUCACAAUAUCUUCAUGACUGUCCAAUAUUUUCGUCCCCUUUCAGAGCGAAACGGCUCUUUUUGUACUGCCUGAAAAUGUGACAACAGAAGGGAGCACCUGCAAUGACACAACAUCGACAUUGCAACUCGGUUUUGGAGACGGGCACAGCUGGGCCGUUAAAUUCACUAAGGACACCAAAACGUAUCAAGUAGAUGCCAUUGUCUUCACCUACAACCUCAACGACUCAAGCGUCUUCCCCAACUCUACGUCAAACGGUAACUAAUGACUACACAGCCUUGUCAUGAUACUGUUCAUUCAUGAUAUACCAAUUCGGUACUGUAGUUGAUAUGACACAUACUGAUAUUUGACUGAAUCUCUUUUGGGUUUAGAAACCAAGUCUGUGAUGGUAAAGCCAACAAUCACCAACGUGGGUGUGGAUACCUACUACUCCUGCAAGAGCAAAGUUCUCCUGAAAGUAGAGUCUGUCACUCAGACACUGUAUGAUGUUGCUUUACAGGCGUUUGUGACUAACGGCAGCAAAAGUGACACUGGUAGGUUGCAUGAGAACAAGCAUCAGGCCAUUGUAGGAUCAACUGUUCCAAAAUGAUCUGAUUUACUAUGCAUAAUGUCAAACAAUAUAUUACUGUGUCUGUUCUCCAGGGUUGAGGUCAAUUCCAUUUCAAUACAGUCAAUUCAGGAAGUGAACUGAAUUUAAAUGGAAUUGAUCCCAACCCUGUUUGUUCUCUGAACUCAAGUCUUUCUCUGUUCUUCCUACACAGACACUGUAUGCGCCGCUGACCUACCCACCACCACUGUGGCGCCCAACACGACCGUUACCACCACAGCUGCCCCCACUUCUACCCCUACCCCUACACUGCCCACACCCACUACUGGAAAUUACAGCAUUGCACCCGACUUCAACAGCACAGCCUGCUUAAUGGCCACCUUCGGCCUGCGGAUAGGCUACAAGCAAGGAGAUGUAUGUAUACACAUAGGAUAGCCAUUGUAAAGUAGGCCCUUUUUUUAAUGUUUCUUAUUUUAGCAUACAAUGGCCUGUUCAGUAGAAAAGGUUCAGACAUGUUUGUCACAGAGAACAUGACUUGUCUAUGAAGAUAGGUUGUUGUUGCUAGUAUGUUAAUGUUCUUGUUGUUUAUGAACCUGGUGUUUUCAGUUGAAUGCAUUCAGUUGUACAACUGACUAGGUAUCCCCCUUUCCCCUUUAUUAGAAAGUGGAGACCAUCAACCUGGUGCCCAAUGCGACUAAUGUGGGCGGGGCCUGUGGGGUCAACAGCAGCAACCUCAUACUGACAUCGAACACAAUCACCAUCAUGUUCACUUUCAGCAACGUAAGUCGACAAGGCCAAAAAUCUGCAACCAAGGCCGGUAUUAUCCUGGUUGUCUGCAUUUAGCUUGUAGACAGCUGGACUAAGGCGGUAGGGUGCAGCGUAAGGUCUGUUUGUCUCCUUCUGUUCAAAGUGUUUCAUUGCUCAUUACAGGACAGCAAGAUGUUCCACCUGCACGCUCUGAACAUCACAGUGAAACCAGCCACUGGUAGGCAACAUAGCACUACAAACCCUUUCAGAAAGCACUAGCGUAGAAAACCAUGUCCCUAUUUGGACAUUAGGAUAGGAUUGACUUCAUUGUCCCCCAGGGGAAAAUUGUCUUGGACUUAGUGCAGCUUUAUAAGAAAUAAACACUAUACAUUACAUACAUACACAGUACAUACAAUGCAUAUUAAAACCUCUCUCCACUCUUUCCUCACUCUGUGUUACGUCCAGGGGCGCCCGUCGUUGCAGCCAAUACCAACAUGUCCGUUUGGGUGGCGGCGGUAGGCAGCUCCUACAUGUGCAACAAGGAGCAGACCUUAAACGUCACCGACACGCUCACUCUCUACACGUUCGCGCUUCGCGUCCAGCCCUUUGGAGUCAAAAAAGGCGAAUUCGCUACAGGUAGGUGACUGAGAUGGUGAAUUGUCAUCAAUACCUUUGUGUUGUGUUAGCCGUAUGCUACAGCUUACUAGGGUUACUAGAGCCAAAUGCAGCGAAUAUGCUUGAAGCUGAGACGUAUGCAAUAAUAACAACUAUUGGCAUCAGUAGAAUAGGUUCUGUCCAGUUUGUUGAGAAACAGCUAAGUAUUUAGGGCAGCAGGUAGCCUAGCGGUUAAUAGCGUUGGGCCAGUAACCGAAAGGUCGCUGGUUCGAAUCCCCGAGCCAACUAGGUAAACACAAUCUGUCUGUGCCCUUGAGCAAGGCACUUAACCCUAAUUGCUCCUUUAAAUUGCUCUGGAUAAGAGCGACUGCUAAAUGACUAAAAUGUUCAAAUGUAUUUGAUACCAUGCCAUGUUUCUGCCCCUGCUUAAACUGAUUUAAAAACCAAAUGAGCAUGAGAAGAUGAGAUGUUCCAAGUCGUGCUCAUUGAUUCUCUCUCUCGUCUGCAGCCCAUGAAUGUUCACUGGAUGACACCAGCAUCUUAAUCCCAAUCAUUGUUGGUGCCGCCCUGGCCUGCUUGAUUCUCAUUGUAGUGAUUGCUUAUGUGAUUGGUCGAAGGAAGACCUAUGUGGGAUAUCAGACCCUUUAAAAAGCAAUCUCUGAUCAUGAAUCCAGAACACAGUUUGAUCCUUAUGUGUCGGGGUGGGGUUCCCAAAGCCUGAUCCUGGAUUGGCUGUGCCAUCUAUCCAUUAAUGACUGACUCACACAACUGGAAUAGUCAGACUAUAGUCUCCUUACUUCAGCCACUCUUAAGAGCUGCUUUUAGACUUGAGAUUAGGGUAGCUUCGUUUAGGUUUAGACUUGAGUAGCUUUGUUCAGGUAAAUCUGAAGACUCAAAACCGCUUUCCAGGACCAGGUUGGACCACCCCUGUUAUUUGUGUGUAAUUUCCCUAUUGUUUGAUUUGCUUUGGAUUUUUCCCCCCCUUCUCCCUUUUUGUUCCAAAGGAGCAGUGCAUGAUUCUCUGCCUCUGUAUUUACCAGUACUGUAUAGAAGACCUUAUUUAUUGUAAAAUCUCUGAAAGUGGUUGAAUCUUAUGACACUCCAUUUCCUUGCAUCACUUUCCAGAUGAUUCUUGUUCAGUGUAGGCUCUCUUUUUAUCAAGUAGUACAUUUUUAUAGAAACUCCAGUCAGAGUCCUUGUGCUACAGUUUGCACAUUUUCACGAGGAGUUGUGAAAAUUGGGGGGCCGUGCCGUUGUCACUAUGAAUCAUGCACUUGCUCCCUCCCCUCUUUUGUUUCGUUAUGUUCUUAUUGAAUGUUUGUGUACAUUUUAGUUCAACCUUUCUUUUGUGGUUUCAUUCAUCCUCACAAUUCAUUGUAUCAGCGCAAUAUUUCGACAAAUUUGAACAUUUAGAAUUUGCCUGGCAGCUCAAUCAGACGACAUUGAGUAGCUUUGUUGAUUUGUCUCAGGAACUCCUUACUAACUAACUAGGAUAAAGGUUUUCUGCUUUGCUCUCCUCUCUCCCCUUACGGAUCAUCCACUAGUCACAGUAGUUUGAAUCUGGAAAGGGAUGACUUUACGACAUGAAAUCUGUGUGGCCACUAAAAAACAGUGGUAUUAUUGGCAUAUAGUGCCUUCUCCAAGUUGGCAUUACCAAACAAGGGAUCUGUCCCUAUAUGUUCACACACGACACUAGUUGACAUAUGAUUGCCACUAAUGUCUGUUUGUCUCUGCAUUAUGUGUUAGCCCUUUGACUGACUGGCUCAUUUUGUGUAGUGUGAAAUCUACCUUGAAGUGUUAAAUUAACUCUGAAAAGUCCAUGAGGAUGUAAAAGAUGAACCUGAAAAGAAAGGUAAAACCAAACCCCUCUCCCGUCAUGACAUGUUGGCAUUAGGUUUCAAAAAGGGAUAGCUGUAGUUGACUUAUUUGCUGCCAUUCAAACGUAUUAUUCGCAGAUUGUGAUUAUUUUGUACAUAUAAAUGCACUAAAUCGUUGAGUAAGUUUGACGUAAAAUUAUUACACCCGUGUAUAGUAUAGCCAUUGCUGUUGCUCCCGAAAGCUGCCAGUUAGUAAGGGGAACUUGUAAACAUAGCUCGGGUAAAUUCCAUUUAGAAUCAAGUCAAUUUCAAUAAACUGAUUCUAAUUCCAAUUGUCCUCUCUGCUCUUCAGUGAGAAACAUUUGAAUGUGAAUUUUUGUUUACUUCUUGAAUUAAAUGGAAUUAACCCCAGUUGACCCCAUGUAAAUUGCACCUAUCGACAGAGAGUGGUAGUAAGGAUGAUUGUCCACAGGAUGUGUCUAUUUUUGUACUGUUAGGAUGGGUUACAAUAGGUAUUAUGUUUUAGUGCGGUGGUCAGAAUGAGACAUGAAUACAUUUGAUUGCCGCCUUUAAUUGCUGUUGAUUCAACCAAUUUUUCUUCAGAUUCUGUAUUAUGAGAAUGAUUUAGAUUUUUUUCCUUAUCAAAUAUUCUUUUGAGUCUUGCUUUACAGUCCAUGUGACGUGUCUUGGAAAAUGCACUGCUUUUGUACAAAUCCUGUUUGUUACUAUGAUUCUAAAAUUGAAUUUUCAGACACUGUAUUAAAUCAAUCCUAAAAUACCCUUUAGAAACUUAACAUUUACUACCCCCAAUUUUCAUUCACUUGACAUAAUGUUAUGAUUGUGACAAAUAUGUGCCUUACUCAAUGAAGCUUGUCCAUUUGCGAUUCAGUCAGGUUUGAUAUCUUUGCAUUUAAUGGAUUCUCCACUGGUCUAAAUGUCUCCUAGUUUAUGAAUUCAAAAUGCAGCAUGUUAAGAAAAGGAACAUCCCUAAUACAGGACAGGCCCAUCCUCCAAAUGUAAGAUAAAUUGUAUUUUCUUCCGUGUGGCUCCAAACAAAUGUUCAUUUUUGAAUUCAUUUUCAAUAGGCUUUUAGCUGCAAUAAAUGGGAAUGGAAAUUGUCCAUCAAAAAAAUGUUGUGGAACAUUUUUAAUAUUUUACAAUGAUAGAAAUAAAAGUGUUUAUUGGUCCCCCGGAAAUAUUAGUAAAUCACUCUUUGUUUUCCAAUUGUUCUUGACUGAGAAGCGUCUCAGUAUGACCAUGCAUUCACUAUUUUGAUGUUUUACCUUUCUUCCACCCUGCAACCUCCCUCAUGCCCACUUCCUUUACUGUCACCCAGCGGAGGAUUGCCGAGACGAUACGACAGAGAGCUGGGUCGUUCCUAUAGCCAUCGGGGUUGCUCUGACUGUGCUGGUCCUCAUUGUAUUGAUCGCCUAUUUCAUUGGGAGAAAGAGAAACCAGGGCUCUGGCUAUGAGCACUUCUAAAUGACCCCACUGGCUAUGCUGAGGUUGGAUCUUUGCUCAUCAGGAUACAUGUUGAUUUUAAUUUAACUACAAAUUGAUAUGCGCUGUGCAGAGUUAACCUUAUUGUGAAAUUCACCUGAAGGAAAUCUCUUUCUCAUGAAACAAUUAGUUGGAGAAGAUGUGUGCUGUGUUAAAGAAAUUGCUUGGCUCCGUUGAUAACAUUUGGCAUGUAACAGUUCUUGUAGAUAUAAUCAGAAUUGAUUGAUUAACGUCUCUUAUUCCUCACUUAUAACAUGGUUGACUAUAGAUGGCAGAUGAUGGCCAAAUAUUUUCGUAACUGCCCAUGCUCUGACAGAACCCC